UCCGUCUCAUCAUUUAUCUAACAGGAGGCACCCAGAAACAACCAUUUUUAUUUCCAGGAUCGUAAACAGCCUGGUUCUAUCCGUUUGGGUGUCAGGGCUUAAGUUUUGGCAUAAGGGUUUAUAUAAGGUCCUGUGGCUGAGCGUGUUUAUAGUGAAGACAUAUCAAGAAGAGAGGGAUGCUAAAGUAGCCAUGGAGUUGUCUCCCCAGCCUGCCAUUGGAGAGGAAUUUGGCUCAUUAAAUACCACAGACUACCCAACUAUCACAAACUAUGAAGAACACAGUCUUCCAGCCUCAGACACAACCAUCAAUUCGGACCAAACUACCGAUUUCUAUUCCGACGAUGGUCACUUCUGUGAGAAGACAGAAGUGCAGAGAUCGGGGGCUAUCAUCAUGUCUGUGGUCUUACCUCUGGUAAUUGCACUAAGCCUUCUGGGUAAUCUGCUGGUGUUGGUGGUUCUGACCAGGUACGAGCGUCUGAGGGCGCUGACCAAUGCUUUCAUGCUGAAUCUGGCUGUCUCAGAGCUGCUGUUCACCUGCGGCUUGCCGUUCUGGGUCUCCUACCACCUGAUUGGCUGGAGCUACGGUGACGUCACCUGUAAAGCCAUCAGUUUCCUGUUCUAUGCUGGCUACUACAGCAGUGGCUUCUUCCUCAUCGUGAUGACGCUGCAUCGUUACCUGGCUGUGUUCUUUCCGCUGUCUCACCUGGUGUCUGGACCCUCCCACUCUCAGGGCGUCUUGAGCCUGGUCAUCUCGUUGGUUGUCUGGACUAUAAGUCUGUUAGCAGCCACACCUGCAGCCAUCUUCAGUAAGGUCAUUGCUGACACCAACAACCCCAUAGACCCCACAGACCCUGGCCCAGACUACUAUAAUGACCAUGAUGCAGCCAACGACUCUCAAUACUUUCAGCACUGUCAAGUUGAAAAUAUCAGCUGGAGGGAUCUGGGGGUCUACCAGCAGAACGUCCUCUUCCUGUUGAUGUUACUGGUUUUCUGUGUCUGUUACAGCCAGAUCCUGUUCAGGCUGCAUCGGCCCAAAGCAGGAGUCAAGUUUAGGGUCAGUCGUCAGAACAGCGGUGGAGACAGGAGGAACCAGAGGACUGUACGGCUGAUCUUAGGUCUGGUGGUGGUGUUCUUUGUGGGCUGGGCGCCUUUCAACUUGGUCAUCUUCCUACGGACUAGAGGAUUUGACUGUGAUACGAGCAAUGUGUUAGAUUACUGCUUCUAUGUGGCCAGACUGCUGGCUUUCUCCCAAUGUUGCCUGAAUCCUCUGCUGUAUGUUUUUAUUGGGAUGAAGUUCCGGAACCACCUGAAGAGAAUGUUGAAGGGUUGUUGUCAUGGUGUUACCGUUGUCAAUAACCACAACAGCAGUGUUCUGUUCAGGAGCAGCAGACUGACUUCACAGUCCAGUGGGGCGGAUUUCUCACUGUAAACAACAACAGCAUCAGUUUAAACAGCAAGAUAAUUGUUCUGAAUUACAGCAACAGACAGACAUUCGAUACCAUUGCCAUUGUACUAAAUUAGUCUCAAACCAUCUUAAUAUAUUUCACAACCAUUUUCUGUUUGCUAGAUAGUUUGCUUUACAUUAACCUGUGCAAUUCAAUGCUAAUGCAUCUUAUUGGUGUUGUAAUUGGUAGAUAAUGAUUCAGUGCUUAUGCAUCUUAUUCGCAUUGUGUUACAGCCUGUUACAGCCUUAUUCCACCUUCUGUUAUGUUACAGCCUUAUUCUACAUUAUAUUUUGUUACAGCCUUAUUCCACAUUCUGUCAUGUACACAGACCUAUUCCAAAUUCUGUUAUGUACACAGACCUAUUCCACAUUCUGUUAUGUACACAGACCUAUUCCACAUUCUGCUAAGUUACAACCUUAUUCCACAUUCUGUUAUGUACACAGACCUAUUCCACAAUCUGUUAUGUUACAGACCUAUUCCACAUUCUGUUAUGUUACAGCCUCAUUCCACAUUCUGUUAUGUACACAGAUCUAUUCCACAUUCUGUUAUGUAAACAGACCUAUUCCACAUUCUGCUAUGUUACAGCCUUAUUCCACAUUCUGUUAUGUACACAGACCUAUUCCACAUUCUGUUAUGUUACAGACCUAUUCCACAUUCUGUUAUGUUACAGCCUCAUUCCACAUUCUGUUAUGUUAAAGACCUAUUCCACAUUCUGUUAUGUUAAAGACCUAUUCCACAUUCUGUUAUGUUACAGAUCUAUUCCACAUUCUGUUAUGUAACAGCCUUAUUCUGAAAUAGAGUAAAUUUUUCUUUCUUUAUCCAUCUACCCACCAUGCCCCAUAAUGGCAGAGCAAAAAUAUUUUUUUAGAAAGUUUAGCAAAUUUAAAAAAGGAAAUAUAACAUUUACAUAAGUAUUUAGAACCUUGGAAUUGAGCUCAGGUGCAUUGUGUUUCAAGUGAUCAUUCUUGAGAUGUUUCUAAAAACUUGACUGGGGUCCACCUAUAGUAAAUGUAAUUAAUGGGACAUGAUUUGGAAAGGCACACACCUAUCAGUAUAAGGUCCCACAUAGUCC